GUCAGAGCAAGCCUGCCAGUGCGGUACCGGCUUCAAUCGGGAGGGGACGCGAACGCGCGCUGACUUAUCGAUCUCCACGCUAGCGUAUGACACUGUGUUAUUUUGAUGUUUUUUAACAAAAAAACGUGACAAAUAAUAAACUAAACUACUAAAAAUUCGUAAACAGUUCGCGUGUUGUCGGAGGUUUCAGUUUAUUUCAAUUUUUAAAUUCUAAUUUUGUGCUUGACUGAAAACAUUGCUGUUAUGUGCGAUGAUAAUGGAAUUGUUUUCGGAAUUAAAAUGAGAUUCGCAAAAACAUGCAAAUAAAUCGGAGACAUUGAAACCACGAAAAACACGAACGAACGAAAUGUGUUCCCACUAACUCUUAACCUGAACGCAUCCAAAAUAGAAAGAGAAAGAAACAGCGCAACAGAGCUGCGUCCCAAAAUAGUGCGUUCGAAAAUAGAAAAAAAAUGCCUAGCUCCCAAUCAGUUACCGAAAAGAGCGCGGCGGGUGCGGACGCCGCACUGUGGUGGCAAACACCAUGGAAAGCUAUGGCCGACCUAGCCGAAGCAGUUGACGACCUCAUAUGUAGCUUCGAUUACAUGGACACAGCCAUGGACAACCUAGUCAUGCUGAUCUUCAUAUGGAUUCUGUUCUCCAUCGUGCUCCUCGGCAUAGCGAAAUGGGCGUACGCCCGCUUCGCCAAUAAGGCUGUCGAGGUCGACACAAAACAAAAGCCAACGACUGAUGAGACGAAAAAAACAACGAACGAAAUAAUAAACAGUGCUGAUAGUGUAUUAGCUACUAGUGCUAAAGUUAAAAGUGCCUCGUUUAAGCCUGCUAAGCCGACUGGGUUCGUGCCUGCGACCCCGCCGAACAAGCGGCGCUUGGGCCGCAUGUCCCCGGGGCCCGAACAGCUGACGUUAAAAAAGCAUCAAAGCGUGCUAGUACCAACAUGUACGGGCCCCGACCCGCCGAGUGUGCAAUGGGUGAACGACCUAUUGACGUGGUUAUAUAAUGAUCUAGUUAUUGUGAAUGAACUAGUACAGCAAUGGAUUGUGUCCAUGAACGAGUUCUCCAAGAAGUCCGUGGAAGAGCAAGGUAUCGGCGUGGAGCUGGUGCGCGCUCUGGACAGCCAUCCGCCCAACAUCUCCAACGUGUUCUGCGAGUGUGACUCCAAAGAUGAUGUCACAAUCACUUGUGACUGUGAAGCCACCCCCGCCUUCCAGCUGAAGGCAUUCAGCCAGCGAGGGGAGAAGGUGGAAGUCUCACACUACAGAGUCAAUGUUAAUAGGUUCCGCGCCCGUUUGAACGUGGUCUGCGUGACGGACAAGUUGACAGGCGAGCUGAAAUGCGACGGCUGGCCCGAAGUGAAGGUGGCACUGGCGCCUGUGGGGGCGCUCCGGCCUAAUGCUACCGAGAGUAAUAUGCAACAAACUAUCAGUGACAUAGUAGUGAACGCGCUGCGCAGCACGAACCUACAGUUCAGCCUAGCGCACUACCCGACGUGCCCGCGCCUGCGCAGGUACGUCGAGACGCCCGGUCCCAGGCUGCCGCUGCACUAUGACUCUAUGCUACAACAAGACAGACAAAUGUACACAUCUACCCCCAACUCGACGGCGGGUAGCGUCACCCUGCUGGGAGACAAGAGGCUGCUCGUCAAGCUGGUCUGCGCUAAGGACUUGGGAGGUAAAACCGGUUGCAUAGCUCCUUACUGCGUGGUGGAGAUGGAUGAGCCUCCGCAAAAGAAUCAGACAGCUUUCAAGAAGGAUACCAACAACCCUCAGUGGGAGGAACACUUCUUAUUUGACCUGUCCCCGCAGACGGCGGAGCUUCUGUUCGAGGUAUAUGACCGCACUGGUCCUCCGUCUCCCGGCGGCGGACCCUCGCAGAACAGGUUCCUGGGCCUGGGUCUGGUGGGCAUAGACGAGCUGCUGGCGGCACCGUCGCAGCGCCAGCAGAUCGCGCUGCAGACGCGGCCCAUGGAGGAGCACGACGUCAGUGGCACACUCACUGUCGAGUUCCUCUUUAUCGAAGGAGCAGACAUCCCGGACCUGGGCUCCCGGCCCGUCAAGAUCAAGGAGAGUCUGCGGACCCUCUCACCACAUGGACACCUCACCACUACUACCAAGACUAUCUUCAAGCAAAAUGGUCAUGACAACUCCCAAUUGACGGAGUCAGCGCUCCGAGAGCUGGAGCUGAGCCCCACCAGCGCCGCCAACAAGUCCACGCUCAUCAUACACUCUGUGCAGAGGGAACCGAAGAAAUCCAUUAAGGUGGAAAUAACCGAUUCGGGGAAAUUCAUCGAAGUGGAGAGAGCGGAAGCGGAUACCGAAGUACCUCAAGAGAGUGGUAAAAUAGAUGAGAGUGAGACAGAGUCGGAGUUGCCAGUUUCGCCCAGUCCUAACGCGUCGCCUGGCAAGACUGUCAGGAUUAAAGAGAAUGGUGCUAAAGCAAAUGGGGAUACCGAGCAGGGUGACUACGUGCAGCAUCAGAACGAGAGCUCCCCGCCCGAGCCCGCGCCGCGCAAGCGCAGGAGGGACUUCUUCGGUACUAUUAAGAGAAGACUGGGCCGGUCCCGCACUCGCGGAGCCUCUCUGGACCUGACGGACUCGGAGGUGGAGAACCAGAGCCGUAUCCGCAGCAUCAGCGCUGAGAGGAACGCCCAUGAGAAAGCGCUAUCGAUCCCCAACAGGAACGUGUACUCCGCCGGGGCGUCGCCCGCGCAGUCCGGGGACGAGUCACGCACCUCCAGGAGGUCAUCUCUUAGCGAAGUGUCCGGAUUCAGCACAGCAUCAGCUAGGACGUUCAUCCACGAGGCUUCGACCCUGGUGCUGGAGACCAUAGAAGCUGGUAUCAAGAAGCACUACUUGGUGCCGCUGACCAUCGCCCAGAGAUCAAGAUGGCGGCGGAAGGGCGUUAAGCUCCAUAUCUAUAAUGAGCAUACUUUUAUUGCUAAACAUCUUAGUGGUGGCACAGUCUGCGAAGUAUGCACUAAGACUAUAGCGCGGCGGCUCGGCAAGCAAGGCUACGAGUGCCGCGACUGUACGCUCAAGUGCCACAAGCAUUGCCACGUCAAAGUGGCAACCAAUUGCCCCCGGUCCACCGUGCACAAUAUGGAGCUGUCCCAUUCCCAUAGCUUUGGAAAUGGAAGAUCCAUGCUCCCUGUGUUAAGUGAAUAGUCAAGCUAAGCGAGAAGACUGCAAGAAAAAUAAAAAAAAAUACAAAAAAAAUUAAAACAAGCAAUUUUCACUCAGGUUCUUUAAAACUAUUGAAAAGAGGUGUUACAUUGGCUGAAGUGCGCAGAUAAGGAUUUUAUAUACAACAAGGACUUACAUCGCAUCUCCGUACACAGACAAAAAUAUAAGGAUGUUGUGAUAGUUCAUAAAAAAGCUUGCGAUAUGCACAAAGCAUCGUUUUUAAAAAUCUACUUAAAUUAUUUUAAAAAACUAAGUACAACACUAUGUACCCAGCUGACAUAUACAAUAUAUAGGCUUUUUUACAUAUAUUUAUAUGAAAAAAUGAAGUUUAAAAAUUAGAUUUUAAGUAAAUCGUAGGAUUUCUAAGCGUCGCUGACUAUUUAAAAAUCUUUAAAAAUGUUACCCGCUUGUCUAUGUAGGAAAAUGUUUUAUUCAGAUGUAAUGGAAUUAAGACACAAUAUACUGCUCUGUUGAAUAUAAACGUGAAUUAAGAUUUAAUGAUAGCUUAUACAAAAUGUUGGCCGACUGUUUGGCAAGUGUUGCGCCGCUUCCGUCUGAGUAAAUCAGGUUCCCUUGGCGUAAAUUGUUAGACUUAGUUUAGGUAUCGCUAGAGCCCACCAUCAAAGCCAAUUUCGAAGCAAAAUAUUAGAUUUCAUUACCACAUAAUAAUAAUUAUAAAUGUCAGCCAAAAAUUAAGAAUUUCACACAAAAUUUUCUACCUCAUUUCUUCAAAGUUACGACAAUAUCAAAAAAAGAAUUAUAGUUACCAUUACAUAUUAUCUUUUGUUUAUUUUGUUGUUGGAAACACUGAAUGUUUUUUUUUAUUAAAAAUGAAAUUGUAUAACUCGAAAUAUUUAUUUUUUAGUUUUAAUAAAUGUGCUUUUUCGCACAAAAUGUGAUCUGUAAUCGUCGAAUGUGCAAUAAGUCUAAUAUUUAAUAAUAAACACGCGCUUUGAGCUUUCAAAUUUAUACCUUACUAUCUUAGAAAAUAAAUAAUUGGCCAUAAAUUGACAGUGACCACCUAGUAGUUUUUGAAAUUAUAACUGGAGAACAUACCUAUAUUGAACACAUUCAAUAAUGUAACUGCUCAGUUUAGUCGAUUAUAACAUCGAUUUAAUUCGACUAAAGUGUCCGAAUCAGAAUCGAGUAUUCCCUGAGUUGAAGCCAAGACAUGCCUACAUUUUCAAAUUAAAGCUACAUUCAGUAGUUCAAGCGCAAUAAAGCGACGUGGACCAUUCAGAAAUACGAAAAUCUCAAUCUCCAGUAAUAAUUUAGAUUAAAUCGUAUGUAAGAACGCGUAUUGUUGAUUUUUUGUUCAUUAGAGUGACUGAAUUGUAAAGGUAUUGCUACAAAUAUUUUGUGCCUUAGUUUCCCUCCUUAAAACAUAAAUUAGGUCUAGGAUCAGAAGUAUGGUACUAAUUACUGACUGCACAUGUUACAAUGCUAGAGAUGUUUAGUCGAUUUUAUUGCCAGAGUGUGCCUAAAUACAUGAUUUAAUAAUCGACUAAUUUUUUUACCGUUUUACAAGUUGUAAGUUAUAUCGAAAUAUACAUUUUUUAAUAUUAUAAUCCUAGUCGAUUAGUGUUCUCCGGAGCCAAGUACAUAAUAUUUGUAGCACAUUUUUUUAAGUUAAAAUAAAUGUUCAUAUUAAUUAAUACAUGACAAACCAUAAGUGUAUCUUUGUAUACUAAGAUUGUUAACGCAUAAUGUUUUAUGUGGAUCCAUAUAAAAUAUACUAUUAUUAUUAUUUAUAAAUGUUGCGCUAUGUGUUCUAUGUAAUUUUAUUUUUCCUCUUUUUUAAUAAAAUGCCUUUUUUUCAA